AAUAGGAAUAAAUAAAUAAAAUUGGGAAGAUCGUCGAGGUGGUUGACUGGGCCAGCCAGAAUCUGUUACUGCUGCUUCUCCGCAAUGGAAAAUUUCUUGGGUCUCCUCAGAGUUCACGUCAAGUGCGGCGUCAACCUGGCCGUGCGCGAUGUAUCUAGCAGCGAUCCCUAUGUCGUUAUCAAGAUGGGUAAACAGAAACUGAGGACUCGGGUUAUCGACAAUGACAUUAAUCCAGAAUGGAACGAGGAUUUAACUCUUUCCAUCUCAGAUCCUGAUAUCCCAAUUAAGCUGACAGUGUACGACCAUGACACAUUCACGAUGGAUGACAAAAUGGGCGAGGCAGAGUUUGACAUAAAACCAUUUUUGGAAGCGAAGAAAAUAAACAGUUUGGAUGAGCUUCCAGACGGCACAAUCGUUGCGAGGGUGCAACCAUCCAGGAAAAACUGCCUGUCCGAAGAAAGCUGCGUCAGAUGGGCAGAUGGCAAGAUUACUCAAGACUUGUGCCUCCGAUUGAGAGAUGUCGAAUGUGGUGAAAUCGAACUCUCACUGCACUGGAUUGACCUUCCUGUUCAUGCUGCUGCUGCCAACUGCAUGGGGUGA